AUGGCGGUGUCCGGGGAUGCUGGUGUCACCCUGCUGCUGCCCCGGGAUGGCCGGGGGACCCCGCUGGGCGAGCGGAGGCCGCAGGGGGAAGGGAAAAUUAUCCCCCUCCGGAUCCCUGUNUGCCGGGGCAUCGGGUACAACCUGACCCGCAUGCCCAACCUGCUGGGCCACGAGAGCCAGCGCGAAGCCGCCCUGAAGCUGCACGAGUUCGCCCCGUUGGUGGAGUACGGCUGCCACGUCCACCUGCGCUUCUUCCUCUGCUCCCUCUACGCGCCCAUGUGCACCGACCAGGUGAGCGCCAGCAUCCCCGCCUGCCGCCCCAUGUGCGAGCAGGCCCGCCACAAGUGCGUCCCCAUCAUGGAGCAGUUCAAUUUCGGCUGGCCCGAGUCGCUCGACUGCGGUAAGCUGCCCACCAAGAACGACCCCAACGCCCUCUGCAUGGAGGCCCCCGAGAACGCCUCGGCCGCCGAGCCCCACAAAGGCCAGGGCAUGCUGCCCGUGGCCCCCCGGCCCUGGCCGCCGGGCACCGCUGAGGGCCGGGGACCCAACGGCCUGGGGGCCUGCGACAACCCCGAGAAGUUCCAGUACGUGGAGAAGAGCCUCUCCUGCGCGCCCCGGUGCUCCCCCGGGGUGGACGUCUACUGGUCCCGCGAGGACAAGGACUUUGCCUUCAUCUGGAUGGCCGUCUGGUCCACCCUCUGCUUCGUCUCCACCGCCUUCACCGUCCUCACCUUCCUGCUCGACCCCCACCGCUUCCAGUACCCCGAGAGGCCCAUCAUCUUCCUCUCCAUGUGCUACAACGUCUACUCCGUGGCCUUCAUCAUCCGCUCGGUGGCAGGGGCCGAGAACAUCGCCUGUGACCGGGAGAAUGGUGAGCUCUACAUCAUCCAGGAGGGGCUGGAGAGCACGGGCUGCACCAUCGUCUUCCUCAUCCUCUACUACUUCGGCAUGGCCAGCUCGCUCUGGUGGGUCGUCCUCACCCUGACCUGGUUCCUGGCUGCCGGGAAGAAGUGGGGACACGAGGCCAUCGAGGCCCACAGCAGCUACUUCCACAUGGCCGCCUGGGGCAUCCCGGCCAUGAAGACCAUCGUCAUCCUCACCAUGCGGAAGGUGGCAGGGGACGAGCUCACGGGGCUGUGCUACGUGGGGAGCAUGGACGUCAGCGCCCUGACCGGCUUCGUCCUCAUCCCCCUCUCCUGCUACCUGGUCAUCGGCACCUCCUUCAUCCUCACGGGCUUCGUCGCCCUCUUCCACAUCCGGAAGAUCAUGAAGACGGGCGGCACCAACACGGAGAAGCUGGAGAAGCUGAUGGUGAAGAUUGGGGUCUUCUCUAUCCUCUACACCGUCCCGGCCACCUGCGUCAUCGUCUGCUACUUCUACGAGCGGCUGAACGUGGAUUACUGGAACCUCAGGGCCCUGGAGCGCGGCUGCCUGCACCUCCCCGGCCGGCGUGCCGCCAACUGCUCCCUGGAGGCCUCGGUGCCCACCGUGGCCGUCUUUAUGCUAAAGAUUUUCAUGUCGCUGGUGGUGGGCAUCACCAGCGGGGUGUGGGUCUGGAGCUCCAAGACCCUGCAGACCUGGCAGAGCCUGUGCAACAGAAAGCUGGGCGUGAGGACGAGGGGCAAGCCCUGCAGCGGGGUGAGCUGCGGCGGGGUGCCCUGCCACUACAAAGCCCCCGCGGUCAUGCUGCACAUGACCAAGACGGACCCGUAUCUGGACAACCCGACGCACGUCUAGAGCGGGGGCU